AUGACUCAUUUGCCGGUAACCGUUGAGGCGCCAAUUAACAUUGCCUUCAUAAAGUAUUGGGGAAAACGUCAAGGUGGUGAAACUCUGAUUUUACCAACAAAUGACUCAUUUAGCAUAACACUUUCUACAAAACCUUUUCGAAGCAAAACAUCUGUCUUACUAUGCGAUGAUAUUGAAGAAGAUACUCUUAUUCUUAAUGGUGUAAAGACAGAUGUACGCAAUACACCCCGAAUUCAGUCUGUGCUUGCCUAUGUGCGCGAUACGUGCCCCCCCGAGCUGAAGGAUAAACGUGCUUAUAUCGUUUCAGAGAACAAUUUUCCCACUGCUGCUGGUAUGGCUUCUUCAGCUAGUGGUUAUUGUGCUCUUGCGGCGGCUUUAGUACGAGCCUUUAACUCAACUGCAAAUAUUUCAAUGCUUGCUCGUUUGGGUUCUGGGAGUGCUUGUCGCAGCGCUUUUGGAGGAUUUGUAAUAUGGAAUAAAGGGGAAAAACCAGAUGGAAGUGAUUGUGUGGCAACUCAGUUUGUUGACGAGAAUUAUUGGCCUGAAAUGCAGGUUAUGUGCGCCGUUUUGCAAGGUGAAAAGAAAGACACUUCAAGUACAGCAGGAAUGCAACAAUCUUUAAAAACUUCACCUUUAAUGCCAAAGCGUAUUUCCACAACUGUACCAGAGCGUAUGAAAAUUGUUUCAGAUGCCAUAAAAGCCAAAGAUUUCUCUACUUUUGCAGAAAUUGCUAUGAGUGAAUCAGAUGAUUUACAAGAAAUAUGCGCUACAACAGAACCACGGAUACAGUAUGCCACAGAGGACAGUUACGCUAUGAUUCGCCUUGUAAAAGCGUAUAAUGCUAAAAAAGGACAUCCAACUUUGGCCUAUACAUUUGAUGCAGGAGCCAAUUGUUUUCUCUUUGUUCUUAAAAAAGAUCUCCCAGAAGUUGUUUCAAUGUUGAUGGAACAUUUUCCAACACCAUAUGAACGUUUUUGUUUUAAUGAUGAAGCGUUAUUGGAAAAAGUUAAAACCACAACAGUUACUGAAAAAUACCAAAAUCUCAUUCAAUACCCUAAAAAACCUUUUGUGAUGUUACUUCAAUCUCCUGUCGGGUCUGGCGUGCGAUACCUGUCGGAAUCGGAAUCUCUAAUUCCAAGCAAAAAAUGA